UGGUUUUCGGCAGGCCCGCCCCGAAACCCGUCCCGUACGGUGCUCUAGUUUUUCUUUUGAGAAACGGGGCAUCACACUCUCUUUAAUGGCGAGAAAUCUGGUACAAAUCCUGGCAGGGGUGAAAAUACGGUCCAACGCACGGCUGAUCGGUAGUGGCUCAGUUUGCAAGUGUCCGCUGCCAGUAACGGUUACCCAGUAGUCAGGCAGGCAGUGUCAGUGUGCCAGACAGACCGAUCAGGCCAUCUUUGCGCGCCCGGGUUUCGGAUACGGACGCACAGCAUACAAACGACUUUUUUUUAAGAGCUGGAUAUCGGUCCACCGAGUCUACGAAAAGUAAUAGAUUCAGCAACCAGACACACACGCACCAUCAACUAACUGACUGACAGUGGUGUUUGGAAUCAGUUUCGGCUGUUGCCUAACAGCUUGCAGGCAGAGCAGUUAUUACCUGAACUCUUAAUUCGCACUGACCGCAAGUAACCUUGCAGCCAAGUAACGCUGCGCUGUACGUCAAUCCGGAUCACCGAACCUCCCGGAACCUCCGUUUCUCGCGUGUGUACGUGACUGUGUGUGUGGGUUAAACAGUGAUGAGAAGGAGUGCUACACAUUAAAAGAUAACGCGAGCGAGCGAGAGGAAGAGAGUGUGUGUGUGUGCGCGGUGAAGUGGUGACGGGGAUGCGCAUCGAAUUUAUGUAGUAUACCCUAGAAGCGGCGCUGGUGUCUGAACUGAAACGCAAAUAAAUUUCUGCAGAGAGAGCAACGCACACAAACCACUACCAACGCAUCGGAAGACCGCAAAAAAAAGCUGUACAAACCGUCGAACCUGAUUAGGUACAGACCGUCUUCAUCACGGGACCUGUCCCUUCGACUGCUUCCUCGGUCUCCGGCGUACCGACCGAUCGAUGCUCUGUUGAUUGAAUAAUUGUUGCCCUGUGUCUCUAGGUGUGUUUGUGUGUCCCUGUUUUUUUUUUUUGGAACGCAGUUUAAGUGUGUGCGCGCGCGAGUGAGUGCAGUUAGUGUACCACGACACCCCCACCCCCUCCCACCCCGGCCUUUUCUGCCUAAAGUUCAACAAAAUGCAGCGUGAGUUUCGUGACAAGUCCCCGAAUAGUAUGAUCCAGCGUCCGAGUUGAGCAGUCGGUGGGUCGAUAUCGUUUUUGCAGCGUAACCGUGCAAGAUGCCGCUGUACUCAGAAUUGUAUCACAACUUUGUCGGCAAUACGCCCAUCAUCCCGACGCCGAUCGUUUCGGUCGGAUCCUCCACCUAUAGUCCACCGACGUAUGUCGGUGUGUCGCGUGCCUUCCCAAACCCGCUGUCAUCUGCCAGCUCCCGUACUGCACCGUCCUUUACCCGGGGAUACGUGCCAAAGUUGACACCGAUCACCGAGACACCGCUUACCAGCACCCGUAUCGCGGCACUCGGACGUGUCAGUUCGCCCAAGUUCUUGGGUGGUCAUCAUCAUCACCAUGGGCAUAGUUCGCCCACGUACCAGAAACCACGGCGCACUAUCAACACCGCGGACAUUGACGUGUCGGCUUCGAAGUAUGCGGGCGGUACGCGCACACCACUGUCCACCCAUCAUCGGUCGUUGGCCCUGCUGGAGUCGAGCUGCUCGCCGACGAACUAUUCGGGGCCAAGCAGUCCACCGGAUGCGUCCUCGCUAUCGUCGAUCGGAACCGCUACCAUCAACCUGUCCGAAACGGAGCGUACCGUUGGCGGAGCGUUGUCUAGCGUAACGCCACUGUCAACACGCGAUCAAGAGCUCAACGAACGCAGCGAACAGCGGCGCGCUCGGUCGACCAUCAACCGGAACCGUACGGUGGUGCGGUUGAACACGAUUCGUGCACGUAGCAAGUCGCGGGGAAGCCGUGGAAGUACCGAGGGUCGCGAUCGACUGACGCUGCCAGAGGUUGGCAGUGAGCCUACGUUUGACGAGGAGAUGCUGCUGCUGGAACCGUCGAUGGUAAGGCCUGGUGGUGGUAGUUCGUGGCGUGACAAUUUUCGGGAUGAGCUAUCGUUACGGCCCCGUACCCGUACCGAACCGAGCAAGUCUCCUGGGGAGCUACUGCUCGAGAAGCAUCUGAUAAGGGACGGUGAGAGUGCGGCGGUGAGCACCACGGAACCGAGCUAUCCACCAACCCGUUCCCCAGUGCCGAAACGGCGCGGUACAAUCCGGCGCAAAAGUGCUGUAAAGAUCCCGAGCUUUCAUGAGAUCUGUGCCGACAUUAGCUCGGACAAGCUGGACGAUGAUCUGAACGCGGGUGAAUUGCGUCGCCGGGCAUCACAAUUGAUCGAGGAUGAGUUGCUACAGUUUCAGGAGGAGCUCAAGAAGGCGGCCACCGGAGCUAACAAUCUGGCGCCGGAUAUACUCGAGGAACGGCUUAAGGAGGCACUCGAGCAGCAAAUCGCACAAGACUCAGGUGUGGAGGUAGCGGAGAAGCGAAAGCAGAAGAAAAUUAAGCGCACCCGUACGAAGGUGUUGCCAGUGCCGACUCCAGAUGAGCAGGAGAUGGAACCGAAGCUUGCCAGUGAGCCGGUGGUGGUGGUGGAGAAUGCAGCGCCACCACGAAUCGUUGCCGAGCUAGAAUCGAUCGAAGAGUGCACGGUGUUCAAACUGCCGAAAAAGAAGAAAAAACAACCUGAAGAUACAGGCGUCGUGAAGAAGAGUACUACCCCAGGCGGGCUACGAAAGGAGAUGACGGAGCACGGCCGUACCGAGCCAGAGCUGCAACAGGUACAGGUGGUUAUCGUUGAUCGACCACAGUCACACAGUGCUGAUUUGACGAACGGAAUGCAAGAUGCGUCGAAGCAGGCUUCGACGGAUGCGGAGGAUAAAGGUGUUGUCGAAGGGGCUGGCCCUGCCGACACACCACCUUCACCCACUAUCCUACCAAAACCAAACGCUGAGCCACGCAAGCUGGCCAAGACUGGUAUAAAGACGUACGUGCGUAAGAAAACGGUUGAGAACUUACCCGAACCAAGCUUAUCGGAGGCGUUGACAAGUGAGAGUGAGAACUUGUCGCCAAAGGAAAAGAUUUUUCCACCUCCAAAGGACGCUGUUCUUAGCUUACAGCCAGCUGUAAAAAAGUGCGAACCUGAAAAGAAAGCAGCAUCGGUUGCAGAAUCAACCGAAUCAGUUAAACCGAAAGAGCCGCUCCAGCUGAAAUCAACAGCGGCUGAUACGAAACAACUUUGUGAGGUAAGUGAUAAAGUCACAUCCAAUAAAGAGACCGCAAUCAAGAACUCUUUUGACAAACCAUUAAAGCUAGUAGAUCCAGAACAAAGCUCAAAUGUCGAGAUGCCUGCCUCAAUUACUGCAACUCCUAAUAAGAAUCAUCCAGUUGAACGAAAGAUCAUACAGACAGCGGAGCAAAAAAUCAAUGAUCCUAAGCAGGCAAAACCAAAUCAAACUGCUCAAUUAACUGCAAGCAAAGUAGCAGAAGAGCCAAUUGAAAGCCUUCUGCCUACCGAUCCACCUACUGCACCUUCAAAGCUGGCUGAUACUAGCGUUCUGAGCGUCACAAACAAAUCGCAGUCCAUCUCAACUGUGCCAUCAGGUGAAUCAAAACCACUAGCUCCACCGUUCAACACGGAACCCACCAAUAAGCUACAACCAGCAAAAUCUAAGCUCGAUGAACCGGGGAAACUAAUUCCCAACAAGCUAGCGCUACGUAAGAAACCGAUCGAUUUGAAACGGUCCACGGAUGAUGUGGACUUUUGGAGUACCAUCGGAACGCGGGAGACAGUAUCGUUUGCACGGCGCAAGCAGCAGCUGGUUAUGCUCCGGUCUACGGAAGAAGAAGAAUCACCUCCCGCUUCACCAAGCCAUCCAUUCCAAGGCUUACCAACGUCGCCAAAGCAACCACAAUCGGCAGAAACGAAUACGGAAGCGAAGCAAUGGGAUACGGUUAAACCAGCAGCCAUUUCUAAGGCACCUACUAUGCCGGUAAGUGACGUGAAACAGGACGCAGUUGCAGCUGUGUGUGACAAGACACCCGUCCCUGCCAAGAGCCCGGCAGAUGACAAGCCGCAUACAGAUUCUACGAAGCAUUUGAAAAUGUCGGCUAGUAUGGAUGCUGCUUCUCAAGCGAAACCUACUGCAGUAGGCGAGAAGGUAGCAAAACAAUCAGAACCCACAGAGACAAAGAAAACUAAACCCAUUAAACCUGAACCAGAAGCAAUUAAAGCAAAUCAAGCUGCGAUGCCACUAGCGAAAGGGAAAGAAACCACACCUACGGAUGGUGCAAAGAUAGCUCAAUCAACACUUGCGUCACCAGCUGAAUCUAAAGUAUCGAAAACGAUAACCACCACACCACCAGAAAGCCCGACAGUGAAAUCGAAAGCGAACUCUUCCCUAACGUCAGAAUUGUUGGCAACGCAAGCGAAACCCAACACAAGUCCAGACGCGAUUGCUCCAAAAGCAAAACCUACCAGCCUUCCGGGGGUUUCUGCAUCAGAAGUUUUGGUAACGCAAUCAAAACCCAACACAGCAUCAGAACCAGUCCCAUUGAAAGUGAAGCCAAGUACAACGCUUGACGCCAUUGCUCCAAAAUCAAAACCCACCAGUCUUCCGGGAACUCCGGUAUCAGAACUUUCAACGACGAAACCCAAUACACCACCAGAACCACUCCUUUCGAAAGCAAAACUUAGCACAACUUUAGACGCCACUGCUCCAAAAGCAAAACCUACCAGCCUAUCGGAAACUCCGGUUGCAGAUCGUUCGACGGCGCCAACGACGAAACCCAAUACACCACCAGAACCACUCCUUUCGAAAGCAAAACUUAGCACAACUUUAGACGCCACUGCUCCAAAAGCAAAACCUACCAGCCUAUCGGAAACUCCGGUUGCAGAUUGUUCAACGGCGCCAACGACGAAACCCAAUACACCACCAGAAACACUCCCGUUGAAAGUGAAACCAAGCACAACGCUAGACCCCACCACUCCAAAAACGAAACCUGUCAGCCUUCCUGGAGUGUCCGCAUCGAAACAGAAACCAGACACCCCACCCGAGCUACCAUCGCCGAAAGCGAAGCAGCCCCCUACUUUGGAGCCUGGAACAAAACCAAAACAACCUCCGCUUCCCGAGAAAACGCCAACGAAAGUCACCAAAGCACUUCCGGCACAAGAGGUCCUCCCGAUCGCAUCGCUCGACACGAAAAAGUUAUCGCCCAAAGAACUGAUAAAGGCGAUCGCACCCAACAUUGCGGCAGCGGCUGAAAAGAAGCUGGCCCAGGAGAAAACAAAACCAAAGCCGGAACAGAAACAACCCCAACCACCUGUUCCUUCGACCCUCACCUCGUCCACUGCUGCUGUGCCGGCCUCUGUCACAGCGACAACACCGCCAACCGAUGGCACCAAACCCGCCGAAGAACCGGUGAAGAAAGUGAUCGUGAAGAAGGUGAUCAAAGUCGUCAAACCGAAAGUGCCCGCCGGUUCGAAGCCAAAGACUGAACCGGAAGUGGAUGGGCAGGCGGAGCGGGAACAGGAACAGCGCCGCCUCGCUCAGCAGAAGCAGCAAAAUCUCGAGCGUAUGCAGACGAAGCUCAACCAAAUCACGCUCAACAUGGGUGUGAAGGGGACGGAGGUGGAGGUGAAGGAAUGCCAAAAAUGUCAGUCGGCGAUUGUUUCCGAGGCGCUUCCGGUGCCGGUAGCCAUCGUGACGGCGACACCGACGCCGAAACCGGCGAAGCAGCCGAUCGCGAACGGGGCGAAGCUGACGAAGAAUAAAUUCGGCACGCUAGACAAUCUGAGUGACCUAUCUGCUGUGGACGUUCGCGAUCGUAACAACAACGCGGGUGUCGUGAAACCGUCAGUGGUGAAACCCAAGCAGACAACAGUAGCAGUAGCAGCAGCAGCAGCAGCAGCAGCAGUUGCAACAAGUGCAGACAAGCAGAAGGUGUUGUUUUCGAGCAGUGAAGAAGACGGCACAGGUGUUCCAGCGUCCGGUGUAGGAUCCCGGAUCGAUAACGACAGUGCAUCGGAAACUUCGUUCUCGGGUGUAGAAGACGACUGGUCAUCGGAGGAGGAGGAAGACGACGACGACGAUAUGGCGAACGAUAAGCUCGAAAAGAAGAAACCGUUCGAUCCGACCAAGCGCGUCAAGCUGAACUUCGAUCAGAUGCGCAAAUGCUACUCGAAGGAGGAAAAAUCGCCAAUUGUGCUGGUGGCUCGGCCCCGUCCGCUCUGGAAGGUGAAGCGACACGGCCACCGGCACAACCGGAAGGCGGAUCUGACCAGCAGCAGCAGCAGCGGUAGUGGCAGCAGCAGCGAUGACGAGAGUACCAGCACGUCGACGACCACGAGCAGUGGAGCGACGAGCAGCAGCACCAACAACACCACCGAUCAAACAUCCUCCGAGGCGGUGUCCAUCUUGGACGGUGCCACCUCGGACAUCAACACGGACAGCAGCGUCAACUCGAGCACGGGCGGCAAACAGAAGGGCAAGGGCCAGCAGGCGAAGGCCAAAGGGCAGAAAGGGAAACCGGAUCCGUUUAGUGAUAUUUACGACAACCCGAUGGUGAUCCCGCUGCAUGCAGAGCCGCGCACGAGCAGUCGCAAGAGCGGUGGUUCGUUCGUACCGCCGCCGGCCCGGGACGAGAACAACAACACGCCGGCCGACCUGGACGAGGACGAGCGGGCACGGUCAAUCGGAGGCGGGCACGAGGUACGCAGCGCCAGCACCAGCAGCCACGAUUCCGGAUUCUACGGUGGAGGCACAGCACCGAUCAGCCCGAAGAAAGCACUCGAAACGUCCUACACCUAUGCACAGUUCCAGAAGACGGGCAAACUAACGGCACCGGCCACAGUGAUACCGCGCUUCCGGAAGUACAACGUGGACGACUUCCAUUUCCUUACCGUGCUGGGCAAGGGUAGCUUCGGAAAGGUGUUUUUGGCCGAGCUGAAAAAUUCCGACUACUACUACGCGAUCAAGUGUUUGAAGAAGGACGUCGUGCUGGAGGAUGACGACGUGGACUGUACGCUGAUCGAGCGGAAGGUGUUGGCCCUCGGUACCAAGCAUCCCUUCCUGUGCCAUCUCUUCUGCACCUUUCAAACGGACAGUCAUCUGUUCUUCGUGAUGGAGUACCUGAACGGCGGUGAUUUAAUGUUCCACAUCCAACAGAGCGGUCGCUUUCCCGAAGCACGGGCCCGCUUUUACGCCGCGGAGAUUGUGUCGGGGCUCAAAUUUUUACACCGCAAGGGUAUCGUCUAUCGUGAUUUGAAGCUGGACAACGUGCUGCUUGAUUAUGACGGCCACGUGCGGAUAGCGGACUUUGGUAUGUGCAAGCUGGAGAUCUACCUGGACAAGCUGGCGGACAGUUUCUGUGGCACACCGGAUUAUAUGGCGCCCGAAAUAAUCAAAGGGCAAAAAUACAACCAAGCCGUCGACUGGUGGUCGUUUGGUGUGCUGGUGUACGAGAUGCUCGUCGGCCAGUCACCGUUCAGCGGCUGCGACGAGGAUGAGCUGUUCUGGUCCAUCUGCAACGAGAUACCUUGGUUCCCGCAUUAUCUCUCCAAGGAAGCGUUACGAUUGUUACAGUCGCUCCUGGAAAAGGAUGCCUCGAUACGGCUCGGUGUGCUCAACACGAUGGACGAGGAGAGCGACAUCAAGUAUCACCCCUUCUUCAAUAGUAUUAUCUGGGACAAAUUGGAGAGACGAGCCGUCGAACCACCGUUCAAGCCCCAAGUCCGACAUCCACUCGAUACGCAGUAUUUUGACAAGCAGUUCACUCGUGAGCGAGCGCGACUGACACCCAUCGACCGGAACAUCCUCGCCUCGAUGGACCAGGCCCAGUUCGAAGGAUUCACCUACACCAACCCCAACAACACACUGACCAAAAUACGGGAGAAGCAGAAGAAAAAGCAGAAGAAAAUGUACUUCUGUCCCCAGUGUGGUGAUAUCAAAGUGACGUACAAUAUCUUCUAAGCCCCGCCACCGUAGGCUCCCAGAUCGACGGUGUUCUACCGAGUAUUUGUGCCCUCGACAAGGCGCGGAUAAAUGAGAGCACCCGAUAACAAAAAAAAACCCAAUUGGUGAUACUGAUGUUUGCGAAGAUGGACGAGAAGCACACAAUGAAAAUGCCUGAAAGAUCAGUAUGCGAACGGAGGAGCAGUCGGCGAACCUUGAGCCGAUUGGUGACGCCGUUUUGCAGGCACCGUAUUGGCUGCGACUGUAACGCACGCAAGGAAUCGAGCUUCGUCCGGGGGUUUUCAAUUAACAUCGUGUCCCCUAGUUUGUGUGUUUUACAAACCUUCCGGUUGCACAGUUCUGAUAGGGUGCCUGUUGCGUGUUUAAUAGGGAUGCGAACACCCCAUACACUUGACUGCAGGAAGGAGAGCGAGUCCGCAGGGGACAAGAGAUUCUGCGCAGUGCGAGGCGCUAGGUGAGGCUAGCCCAUCAGGCUAGGCAACAACAACGUUUGGCAGAACGAAUCCUCGGCGAGCUACUACAACAAAAAAGCCUCAAAACAUCAAGAAGGGAUAUUCAUGGAACAGGAGAGUCUAAUGGAAGGAUGUUUUAAGCUGCAGCGCGAGGGAGCUUUCGUCUGAGCAUUAUCUGGAUAGUUUCUUGAUGUUUUCGAAGAGUUUUUUUUUUAGAGUUUAACCAUUCCUUCAGACUUUUGUAGUUCUGUUUUUUUUUUUUUACGAAGAGACCUAUCGCAUCCUAUAUAUUCUUGGUCCAGAGUUUUUUUUUGGUUUUUGUAUCUUCUACCUCUUUUCUACGUCCCGCUCUCAUCUGACCCCCGUCUUACGGACCAACCAACCAAAACGAAAUACGGACCGAGUUGAACUACAUCAACCAGCAAAACCAACCAGUCACAGAGUACUAUGCAAAACGUAACAUCGACAACUUCAACCAACUAAAGCCACAACAACAAAAAAAACUACAACCGACGAAGAAUGUAAAUUGCAACGACGAGUGCCCCGAACCCUUUUGCCCGUUUGAGACCUCCUCCAUCCCUUCUUCUGACUCGACUCCUCUACCUGCUGCCUCCACCAAGUCCUUCCCCUAAGUCCACUAACUCCUGGAGGGAGGGAAUUUCCGCGCAAGAAAACGCAGGACACGAACACGACUUCUUCCUUGCUCCUUCCCAGACGAACGCUAAUUAUUUCUUACCCUCGUUUACAUCCAGGACUGUGUAAAGACUUCCCUCCCUAACACUUUACGACACCUCCUUUCCUUCCUUGCAUCUUCCCAACCCUAUGUCCCGGUCCCUGUCUACGUACUCACUUGCUUGGUGACAUGUUUAACUAACCCCUGCCCCUCCCACCAGAACCCGCCAAACGGCGCAGCAUCAGACCCACCCAUUUUCACUCUUUCUUUCCCUCUUUCGUUCGUUCGUUUUCCGACUCAUUCGUUUUGUGUCCAUUUGACGGUUUUCCGAUCACUGUUAGCUGAUUUUUUCUUGUUCGUUUUGCGGUUUCCUUUUUAUUGCCCUCUCUUCUCUGGUUUUUUUUUUUGUUGUUGUUGUUGUUCACCCCUUUUUCAAUGAUUGUUUAAAUUUUCUCUUUUGCUUCUUCUCCUUUUUUCUUUCUUUCUCUCUUUCUCUCUUUUUCCUUUUCUUUUUCUUUACUUUUUUCCGUAUUUGUAAUGCUUUUCGUCCCAUAAUGAUGCUUUUACAAAUGUUGACUCUUUUAUGAUUUUUUUUUUGGCUUACUUCUUACUUAAACACCUGAAACAGUCAAGAUAAUGCAAGGCUUUAUAUGCUGCUGCGCAGCAGAUUUGAUAACUAGCUAUGGUGCGUGGGGAAACAAAAAACAAAGCCCGCUUCACAGUGAAUAUCUGUAACUCGAGCGUAUUGCGGACAACAGUUUUGCAUGUGACACUUUUGGUGUAGUUCAAUUUUCCUUCAAACCCCCCCCCCCCCCCUACCUCCCCCAUUUCCCCAUUCUAUCCUUGCACUUGUGCUUCCGAUUGAAGAUAUUUUUGAUCCUUGCUUCGAGAAUGCUGUCCAUGUACGGUUUAGUGGUCCGAUGUUUCCUGGAACAAAACGUCCUAGACAAGCGUAUUAAGAACCAGGCUUACUUAAUCCUGUAACCAUCCAUCAUAAUCGUGUCGUUCGUUCACUGUUCUUUGUUGACGACGUCGGAGAACGCGUGCCGUUGGACAUUCACGAUUAGAACGGAAAUGACGUAAUGACGCGCGAAUAUUCGCCCAAGACUUAACGCCACUUUUUUUUUCUUUGGGAGCGAAGGCCGACGAGUGUAUGAAGAGGUACAGUAGCCUAUAGAUUUGGAAACAUUGAACGAGCAUUAAUGGAAGAUCGCCCAAAAUUUGUGUCCAACUUUGGAACAGCAGCUUUCCGAAAGGGUCGUUACAGAAGUUCGGUGGGCCAUUUUCUAGGCGUUUGUCUAUAUUUUGGUUUUCUCGCGCUCUCUCUCUCUCUCUCUCUUUUGUGCCUUCGCGUCGCGAAUGAGUGGGGUGGAGUAGCCUACUAGACUAGUUGCUAGCUCUUAAUGACACAUUCACGCACCUGUUAAAUGCUUGUUGAUAAUAACGAUGCGAUUUAAAAGGUGAUGAUUUUAUUUUUUUGGGCGAUCGAGUGAGAGAGGAUUUAGGUUCACAAAACCAACAAAAAAAGAGGGGCGGAAAACCCUACCUUGUGAACGUUUAUCUAUAUGUUUUAUUUAAAUAUAUUAUAUACUUGUGCAAAGUAACACAUUAAUUAUGUAAUGGUGAGGGCGCAGUGAGCGUGGUGAAGGAGUGAACAGUUAACACUGGCACCAGCCACUGCUGGUGAGGUUUUUAGGGAUGCCAUCGGCUAAUGAUAAGAAACUCACAUUUAAAAAUAUUUACAAACACACACCCACACAAACACACACACACACUGAAUGCAGCCAUAUGCAGAUAAUUUUGUCAAACAUCAAUUUCAAUUAAUAAAAACCAUGAGAGAGCAUAAACCCAAAAAUGUAUAUGCUCAGAAAGAGA